CACCGCGCUCCGUGUCCGUCUUUUGUUCUCUGUCGGCCUUUCGCAGAUGAGCAACACCCCGACACUGAACUCGAAUAUGCCGGACGGUAUUCCCGAGGAGGACAGGUACCACCAUGUCGACGUCGUCGAGGCCGAGGAACGCUUCAACGAACUCUCACGCCAACUGUCUCGUCAAUUGUCUCUCCAGUCCCAAAGAACACGUGCGGAACCGGAAGGUGACUUGAAGAAGGAGAAGGAUCUCGAAAAAGGCUCCAGUACCGAUGAUGAGCAAGAAUCUCGCUUUGACCUUCGGGAAUACCUCAGUUCUUCGAACGACGCGAACCAGGCUGCUGGAAUAAAGCACAAGCAUGUUGGUGUGACCUGGGAGGAUCUUCAGGUCGAGGUUGCGGGAGGUGUCGGUCAUAAGUUCUACAUUCGGACCUUCGAUGUCGCCGUUAUUCAGAGCAUUGGGACUUUAUUCAUGUGGAUCUGGAGCAUAAUUUCGAAACUUCUUCCUCGCAAGAACCUGGUUACUACUCCGAUUCUUCAUAAGUCUUCUGGUGUUUUGAAGCCCGGAGAAAUGUGCCUCGUGCUCGGAUGCCCUGGCUCAGGCUGUUCCACGUUCUUGAAGACCAUUGCUAACGAGCGCGAGGAAUACGCCGUCGUGAAUGGAGAAGUUCGGUAUGCCGGAAUUGACGCCCGCGAAAUGGCCAAACUUUACAAGGGUGAGGUAGUCUACAACGAUGAAGACGAUAUCCACAUCGCUACACUCACUGUUGCACAAACCCUCGCAUUCGCACUUUCGACCAAGACUCCCGGCCCCAGUGGACGUAUUCCUGGCGUCUCACGGAAGGAGUUUGACGCCCAGGUCCAGGAUAUGCUACUCAAGAUGCUCAAUAUCUCUCAUACGGCCCAGACGCUCGUUGGUGACGAGUUUGUUCGUGGUGUUUCGGGCGGAGAGCGCAAGCGUGUCAGUAUUGCUGAGAUGAUGGCCACUCGUGCACGCGUGCAGUGUUGGGAUAACUCUACGAGAGGUUUGGAUGCCUCGACGGCUUUGGACUACGUUAAGAGCUUGCGUGUCAUGACUGAUGUGCUCGGUCAGACUACCUUCGUUACUUUGUAUCAAGCCGGCGAAGGUAUCUACAAUCUUUUCGAUAAGGUCCUCGUCAUGGACAAUGGCCGUCAGAUCUUCUAUGGUCCCCCAUCGGAGGCUCGCGCCUACUUCGAAGGCCUUGGCUUCAAGUCUCUUCCCCGUCAGAGCACUCCCGAUUAUCUCACCGGCUGUACCGAUCCCAACGAACGCCAGUACGCCCCCGGCCGCUCCGCCAACGAUGUGCCCUCGUCGCCCGAAGCUCUCGAAACAGCUUUCGCCUACUCCAAAUACUCCGACGACCUUAAUGAUUCCCUCAAGAAGUACAAGAUCGCGAUGGAGACCGAGAAGGCUGACCAAGAGGCUUUCAGACAGGCGGUCAUUUCUGACAAGAAGAAGGGGGUCAGCAAGAAGAGCCCUUACACUCUUGGCUAUACCGGUCAGGUCAUGGCUUUGGCUAAGCGUCAGUUUCAGAUGAAGCUCCAGGAUAAGUUCCAGCUGUUCACGAGCUUCACCCUCAGUAUUGGUCUCGCCAUCGUCCUCGGCGCCGCAUACUUUGACCAACAACCCACUGCGGCCGGUGCCUUCACACGUGGAUCCGUCAUUUUUAUCACCAUGCUCGUCUCUUGUCUCGACGCUUUCGGAGAGCUCGCCGUUCAAGUCCAAGGUCGCCCCAUUCUCCAAAAACAGACUAGCUACAGCCUCUUCCGUCCGUCCGCAAUCGCUCUCGCGAACACCCUCGCCGACCUGCCGUUCUCUGCUGUGCGCCUUUUCCUCUACGACAUGAUUGUCUAUUUCAUGGCCAACCUCGAUCGCAACGGAGGCGCGUUCUGGACGUUCCACUUGGUCUGUUACUUCGCCUUCCUGGCAAUUCAAGGCUUCUUCCGCACCUUCGGUUUGUUCUGCGCCAAUUACGACUCGGCGUUCAGGCUGUCGUCGUUCUUCGUGCCGAACUUGGUCAUGUACGUCGGAUACAUGAUUCCAGUCGACGACAUGAAGAGAUGGCUGUUCUGGAUCUACUACCUCGAUCCUAUGGCUUAUGCGUACGGUUCGCUCAUGGGUAAUGAGUUCGGUCGUGUAGACUUCACAUGCGACGGUUCAUAUGUCACUCCUCGCAACGUUGGCGACAUCACUAAGUACCCGACGACCAUCGGUCCCAACCAAGCUUGCACCCUGUUCGGUUCAAGCGCCGGUGAGCAGACCUUGCCCGGGCGCACAUACCUCGACGCCGGCUACGAUAUCAACGUCGCGGACGUAUGGCGUCGUAACUUCAUCGUCCUCUGCGGGUGGAUCCUCUUCUUCCAGUUCACGCAAAUUAUCGCACUCGAUUUCUUCCCUCAUGCGAAGGGCGGUGGAUCUUUCCGUUUAUUCGCAAAGGAGGACAAUGAAACCAAGGCCCUCAACAAAGCUCUUCAGGAGAAGAAGGCUAAACGUGCUCAGCUCAAUGAGAGCGAGAAGGCCGCCGCUAUGGAGAACACCGACAAGCGUGAUGCCUCAUCAUUCGCCGAUCGCAAGACCUUCACCUGGGAGGGCUUGAAUUAUCAUGUCCCCGUUCCCGGUGGCACUAAGCAGCUCCUGACCGACGUCUACGGCUAUGUCAAGCCCGGUACACUCACCGCUCUUAUGGGUGCAUCCGGUGCCGGUAAGACCACCUGUCUCGACGUCCUCGCUCAGCGCAAGAACAUCGGUGUCAUCACCGGCGAUAUCCUCGUCGACGGUCGUCCUCUCAACUCUGACUUCGCGCGCGGCACGGCAUACGCCGAACAGAUGGACGUGCAUGAGGGCACGGCGACGAUCCGUGAGGCGAUGAGGUUCUCAGCGUACUUGCGUCAACCGGCCGAGAUUUCAAAGGAAGAGAAGGAUGCCUACGUCGAGGAAAUGAUCGAGCUCCUUGAGUUGCAGGACUUGGCCGACGCAAUUGUCGAUGGAUUGGGCGUCGAGGCGAGGAAGCGUCUCACGAUUGGAGUCGAACUCGCCAGCAAGCCCGAGCUACUUCUAUUCUUGGACGAGCCGACUUCAGGAUUAGAUGCUCAGAGUGCGUGGAAUCUGGUUCGUUUCCUGAGGAAGCUCGCCUCGCAAGGCCAGGCCAUCCUUUGCACCAUCCACCAACCUUCCUCUCUCCUCUUCGAGUCCUUCGACCGUCUCCUCCUUCUCGAACGCGGUGGCCGGACCGUCUACUUUGGCGACAUCGGAGCUGACUCCCAAGUCCUGCGUGACUACUUCGCCGCUCACGGUGCAGAGUGCCCCGGCAACGUUAACCCCGCUGAGUUCAUGCUCGAUGCUAUCGGUGCUGGCCUGCAGCCGAUGAUUGGAGAUCGCGACUGGAACGAUGUGUGGCGGGACUCGGAGGAGUACAGACGGAUAAGGGCGGAUAUCGACUCUGUGAAAGCAGCGGGUCUGGCGAAGCCGGUGUCGGACGACACCAAAACCUCCACCUAUGCUACCUCCUUCUGGUACCAGCUCGGUGUCGUUACGAAACGGAACAACGUCGCGCUUUGGAGAAGCCCUGAUUACCAAUUCACUCGUCUUUUCGUACACAUCUUCAUUUCCCUAUUCGUCAGUUUACCUUUCCUGCAACUUGGCAACGGUGUGAGGGAUCUCCAGUACCGAACCUUCUCCAUUUUCUGGGCCACUAUCCUCCCCGCUAUUCUCAUGAACCAGAUUGAGCCGAAGUUCCUGAUGAACAGGCGUGUGUUCAUACGUGAAUCAUCCAGUCGUAUCUACUCGCCCGAAGUCUUCGCCGUCGCCCAGCUCUUGGGCGAAAUCCCUUACUCGACUCUGUGCGCCAUCAUUUACUGGGUCCUGAUGGUCUACCCGCAAGGAUUUGGCCAAGGCUCUGCCGGCCAGAACGGUGUCGGAUUCCAGCUGCUUGUCAUCCUUUUCACCGAAUUCUUCGGUGUCAGCUUGGGUCAACUCAUCGCAUCCAUCACGCCAUCCGUCCAGGUCGCCGUCCUGUUCAACCCGCCCAUCAUGAUCAUCCUUUCUCAGUUCUGUGGUGUCACGAUCCCGUAUCCCAGUUUGGCUCACUUCUGGAAGUCGUGGUUGUACGAACUGAACCCGUUCACUCGUUUGCUGAGUGCGAUGCUAUCGACUGAACUUCACGGACUGGAAAUUGUGUGCAAGUCGGACGAGUUCGUCCAGUUCGACCCGCCCUCGGGUCAGACGUGUCAGGACUGGGCCAGUGACUUCGUCGACGCCGUCGGUGGGUACCUCAACAAUCCCAACGCCACGGCGGCUUGCCAGUACUGUCAGUACAAAGUCGGCGACGAGUUCUUCGAGCCACUGAACAUAUCGUACGGAUACCGCUGGCGAGAUGCGUUCAUCAUUCUCGCGUUCUUUGGCUUCAACUUCCUAGUCACGAUUGUCGCUUCUCGUUUCCUCCGCUACGCCAAGCGGUAAAAACAUUUUCGUGCGACGUCGGUCGUCGUUUCUUCACUCUUCUCUGCUACGGGUUACUCGCAUGAUCUGUAACCUACCCCUUCACUACGACAGUCCUACUACCCACGAUCUCAUGCUCCAAAUUCUCAUCUUUCACGAUAACGCCGGAAGCAGACUCAUUCCCCUUAUUCAUGCUGUUUGUCCCCGAUCAUCCACGCUAUCUCAUCACGCAUCUGCACGCCAUACAACACUGCAUUUAUUGCCCCUUUCCUCAUUUCAUACCAUAUCUUUCAGAUUUCACCAUUUAGGUAUUAUUUUUCCCCUUUUCUUCCUGGCACUAACAAGUAU